AUGCCAUUAGCUACAAUCGCUAAUGAUUUCCAAAUUGAGCGAGAAAAUCAUACCAUUUGUUCAUCUGACGAAGAAUAUGACGUUAUUAUAUAUGCUGGUGAAAAUGAAAGUGUAAAAGAAAUAUAUGCAUAUUCUCUAAUUAUACGUACGAGGUCACAAUAUUUCCGUACAGAAUUUUCUAAGAAAUGGCCCGAAAAAAAAGAUGGGAAAUUUAUUUUCAAAAAACCCAACAUUCCUCCUCAAUUAUUUAUAAUAUCUUUAAGAUUUAUUUAUUGUGGAAAGAUAGAUUUGACGAAUUUACUAGGUUUUGAACAUGAAUCAUUUACUGAAUUUUGGAAUGUUUACCUUGAUAGAAUCUGUGAAGAACCUCUUAUGUUAUUUAAUUCUGACAAAUUUAUCAAGUUAAAUGCACUUUUACUGGAAUUUCUUUUAAAUCGGGAUGAUUUAAAUUUGGAUGAGAUUAUUGUCUGGAAUAAUUUAAUCAAGUGGUGUUUGGCACAACAUUCAAAUAUCCCGCAAGAUGUUAAGAAGUGGAAUAAGGAAGAUGUUACAUUAUAG